GGCCGCCCGGAGCUGCGCGAACAUGGCCGAGGUCGGCGAGGACGGCGGGGCCCGCGCCCUGCUGGCGCUGCGCUCGGCGCCCUGCAGCCCGGUGCUGUGCGCCGCCGCCUUCCCGCCCGCCGCGCCCGCCGCCGCCCCGUCGCCGCCGCCGCCCGCCCAGCCCCCGCCGCCCCCGCCGCCGCCGCCGGGCGCGAUCGCGGGGGGCGCUGGGGGCGCGGCGGGCGAGGCCCUGGUGGCCGCGGCCGCCGCCUCGGUGCGUCGGAGCCCCGGGCCCGCCCUGGCGCGCCUGGAGGGCCGCGAGUUCGAGUUCCUCAUGCGGCAGCCCAGCGUCACCAUCGGCCGCAACUCGUCGCAGGGCUCGGUGGACCUGAGCAUAGGCCUGUCCAGCUUCAUCUCGCGGCGCCACCUGCAGCUCAGCUUCCAGGAGCCGCACUUCUACCUGCGCUGCCUCGGCAAGAACGGCGUCUUCGUGGACGGGGCCUUCCAGCGGCGCGGCGCGCCCGCCCUGCAGCUGCCCAAGCAGUGCACCUUCCGCUUCCCCAGCACGGCGAUAAAGAUCCAGUUCACAUCGCUGUACCACCAGGAGGAGGCCCCCGCGUCUCCCCUGCGGCCACUCUACCCGCAGAUCUCCCCGCUGAAGAUCCACAUCCCGGAGCCGGACCUCCGGAGCCUGGUCAGCCCCAUCCCUUCCCCGACCGGCACCAUCAGUGUCCCCAACUCCUGCCCAGCCAGCCCCCGAGGGGCCGGCUCCUCCAGCUACCGCUCCGUCCAGAACGUGACCUCCGACCUGCAGUUGGCCGCAGAGUACGCCGCGAGGGCCGCUGAGCAGCAGGCCGACACGUCCGGAGGGGACAGCCCCAAGGUCUCAGCCCUGGGCGCGCUGGCCGGUGCCCCGCAGGCGCAGGACGAGUCGAAGCCGCCGUACUCCUACGCUCAGCUCAUCGUGCAGGCCAUCUCGUCCGCGCAGGACCGACAGCUGACCCUGAGCGGCAUCUACGCACACAUCACCAAGCAUUACCCUUACUACCGCACGGCCGACAAGGGCUGGCAGAACUCCAUCCGCCACAACCUCUCACUGAACCGCUACUUCAUCAAGGUCCCUCGCUCCCAGGAGGAGCCAGGGAAGGGGUCCUUUUGGCGGAUAGACCCUGCCUCGGAGACCAAGCUGGUGGAGCAGGCGUUCCGGAAACGGAGGCAGCGGGGCGUCUCCUGCUUCCGCACCCCCUUCGGGCCGCUGUCGUCCAGGAGCGCCCCAGCUUCACCCACCCACCCCGGGCUGAUGUCCCCACGUUCCAGUGGCCUGCAGACUCCAGAGUGCCUGUCCCGGGAGGGCUCGCCCAUUCCACACGACCCUGACUUUGGGGCCAAGUUAGCUUCUGUUCCCGAGUACCGCUAUUCCCAAAGCGCACCCGGCUCUCCGGUCAGCGCCCAGCCGGUGAUCAUGGCCGUGCCGCCCCGGCCGCCCAGCUUGGUGGCCAAGCCCGUCGCCUACAUGCCGGCGUCCAUCGUGGCGGCCCAGCAGCCCUCGGGCCACGCCAUCCAUGUGGUGCAGCAGGCGCCCCCGGUCACCAUGCUCAGGGUGGUCACCACCUCCGCCAGCUCCGCCAACGGAUACAUUCUCGCCAGCCAGGCCGCGGCAGGGGGUGCCCACGAGGCGGCGGGCGCGGCUGUGCUGGACCUGGGCGGCGAGGCGAGAGGCCUGGAAGAGAAGCCCACCAUCGCACUCGCCACCAUCCCCGCCGCCAGCCGGGUGAUCCAGACGGUGGCUAGUCAGAUGGCCCCGGGGGUCCCGGGACACACGGUUGCCAUCCUGCAGCCAGCCACGCCAGUGACCCUGGGGCAGCACCACCUCCCGAUCCGCGCCGUCACUCAGAACGGCAAGCACGCCGUCCCCACCAGCAGCCUCGCCGGCAACGCUUACGCCCUCACCAGCCCUCUGCAGCUCCUCGCGGCCCAGGCCAGCUCGUCCACGCCAGUGGUGGUCACACGCGUGUGCGAGGUGGGGCCCGAGGAACCGGCGGCCACCAGCACGGCGCCCCCCACCGCCGCCUCCGCCUCCCCCACCGGGGAGCCCGAGGUCAAGAGGUCCCGAGUGGAGGAGCCCGUGGGGACUGUGACCGCACAGGCCGGCGUGAUGGCAGCCGCCGGCGCGCAGGGCCCCGGGACCGGGGAGUGACGUCGCGGCGUGGAGGUGGAGUGGGACACACGCCAGACGGAGCUCCAGGGCCGGAGCGGGGCGGCUGACCCCGCCGCCCCUGGGACUGAGAUGGGCCGAGCUCGGGGCCACACGGGCGGGCAGGACGCCUCCAUCCGCCUGCACCCGGACACUUGUCCUCCCGCACCUGUCUCCUACCCCCGCUCUGGUUUCAAACAAAAACACAUAAACGCGUUCAGACAGCUGAUUGUACGAUUCUGGAAUUCUUUGUCUUUGUUUCCUUCUCCCCCCCAGCACCACCUUAUCUCCCCAAGCCUUUCGCCAAGGGCGUGGGGAGAAGGUCACAGCCCAGCGUCUCCGGGAACGUGUCCAGGCGGCCCGGCCCUGCACAGAAGCCAGGCUCCCAGAGUGGUCUUCAUCCCCAGAUGGGACGGAAGCACGGGCCGGGGGCACCAGCCCUGUCUGUAAGCGACUGGACCCAGGCGAGAGAGACGCAGAGCCGCCAGCUGUCAGACCGUCCCUGUCGCUGCUGCUUCUAAAGUGACCCCGAAAGUGUCAGCAUUAACUGGACGGAGGGGACGGGUCUGGUCUGGCUUUGGGCCCCAUGUGUUUCCGGUUUUGUUGAAAGGCGGAAUUGAGGCUUCACCGAUGGCCUGAGACAGAUGAAGAAGGGAUCGCCAGUUCCUGAGGUUUCCACCCGUAGACGGUUUAACAGCUGGGAAGGUGUGGGUCUUCCCGGCAUCAGUCCCCACAGAGAGAACUCUUGCCGCUCCAUCUGCUAACUUCAAGGAAGACCGACGACCUCCCGGACUGGAGCUCAAAGCAGGAAGCUGUUUGGAUGAGAGGUCUGCCUGCAGCGUCUGCCCUCGUCCCGGCCACACCAGCUUGCUGGGGGCAGAAGGAGAUGGCCACCUCCGCGGGAGGACUGUCAUGCCAAGUGGCACCGUUUCCUGGCGGCUCUGACGUCUGGGGGCCCCGUGGCUGCCCACCCAGCCUCCUCACCAGCUACCAGGGUCUCUACUGCCCAACAGCUUGCCUGCCGUUACUGACCAGAACUGGCUCUGCCGCCCCGGCGUUCUCUGUGGCUUCCUGUCUGGGGUGAGUGCAGAGCGUGAGAGUCAGCGGGUCGAGACAGGCCUCCGGCACCGCUGGGCUGGCCCCGCAGGUCCUGGGCAGGGCUGGGGGGCCGUCGUCUCUUUCUCUUCCAUCACUGCUCAGCCUGGGCCUGCUCGCUCACAGACCGUCCUCUGGGCCACAGCUCGCCUCCCCCGGAGACAGACGCCAGGCCAGCCGGCCGGAGAACCCGCCCCGCUCUGGCCCCUCCGCCUGGCCCGACCAGUCUGGCCCGACGCCCUGUGUUCUGACUUCGAGGGGUUUGGGUUUCUGUGUGUUAUCGUUGACACCCUCACUGUUUCAUUCUGGCUGUGGUUCAGGGAGAAAGGAGUGGAGGCGGGAGGUGUGCGUGGUUGGAACUGGGAGGGAGACCGGACGGGGUGUCCUCAGGGACGUUCUGCCACGUGGCGAGCGUGUGCCUUUUUAGCUCCUUCUGGGCAGAAGGGACCCUGUGGGGCCAGGUCCAGGGGACCAGCCACUCCAGGUUCCUGGUGAGCCUCUGGGUAGCUUUUGGUCAUCUCCCCAGACGGCCCAUGGCACCCGCCAGCACUUGUCCUGAGACCAGGAGGUCAGGAGUGGGCAGCUCCCCAGGGAAGAUGCUGCUGUAGCCGGAAAGAUCCCUGGUCUCCUCAGAGUCCCCCAGGCCGUGGGUCCACACCUGCCCCCGCCACACGUGUCCGCAGGAGCCAGAGCGGCCAGGAGAGCCGGGAGCCAUGGCCUUCCACACACCUGGGUUGUGGCACGUGGACUGACCCACCCGAGGCUGGAAAGUCAACCUGGCCUGACACUGGGGCCAUGGCCUCCUCGGGCCACACAGGGGCUGGACUCUGCAGAGGGUAGGCUGGGUGGGCGGCUCGGGCCCUGUCAUCACAGCAGCUCACUCUCCAUCCGGGUACCAGGCCCGCCUGUCCGGCUGCACUCCACAAGUCGUCACCUUUACCAGCGCCAGACACGGGAGGGCGCCGCUCUGCACGGCGGGGAGUCCCAGAAAUCCCUGCCCUUACCCUGCCGAGCGCCCUCCCCUCCGGCCAGUGUCACCAGCUCGCGGGCCCAGGGUGGACACUGAGUGUCCCUCAUCCGCCACCUGCAUCUCUACGUGAAGCUCCGGGUCGCCUGGCGUUGUCGAGUGUGGAGCCAGUGGUCAGGGUUCAGACCAUCUGUCCCCCCCCGCCCCCACCCCAGGACCCCCUAUGAGGUCGGAUUCGCACUAGGGGGCCCACCCGGGCCGGACACUGUCACCACCUCUUCCCUCGUGGCAGGGGAUCCACAGUCUUUCUGCCGCCUGGGUGGCUCCCGUUCGCAGUGUGCUGUUUGUGGGAGGUGGUUUUUUCUACUUCAGAAUUAAGCCAAAUGGAGAAGGUGAAAAGUGGACGUCUGAGCUGCUAAUCAGCAUGCACUGGUGAUUCUCAGGCGGGAGGAGGUGGGCUUGGUGGGGCCACCAGGCUGCUGGCUGCUUACCCAGACCCCGCUGGGCCUGGAGGGAGAUUGGUUUAGGUCACAGCAGGCCUUGGUCAGCUGGCGCUCUCACUUCCCCUAAAGAAAGGUCUGCGUGGACGGGUCAGAGUGAGCCUCCCGGCUCCCAGGGCGCGUCCCGAGGUCUCUAGACAGAAAUUCCUUCAGUGGCCCCUUGAAAUUUAGGGGGAGAAAGAAUUUUUUGGCUUUUUUUCUUUGGUCAGUUUCUUCCUUUUUGGAGGCAAAGACAAGACGGAAUGUGAGCGUGUGUUAGAGAAGAGGGUCCUUUGCGCGAAUCCUUUAGGGUUUAGCCUGAGGGGCGGUUGAGGCGGAGAAGGAGCUGUCUUCUUCCCAAGCCCCAGGUUCUGCUUUGCCCGGAGACGGCUUCGUCUGGGAUGGGGACUGCCGUGCCCCCGGGAACAGGCUUCGGGCGCCAUCAAGCUCACGGCUGCCUCCCAUGGCUUAAGUGCCAGCUAAGCCGCGCGCUACCUGUUCCAGAAUAAGUUACCAAAAAUGAUGGUGAGGCGGUGCAAGUAGGAAUGGAUGGAGCUGCUAGACAGGCCCCGGGGGGGGGGGGGGGGGGGGGCGGGGCGGGGGUGCCAGUGGGAGCCGCGCCCUCGCGGCCAGCUGCUCGAGGCCGCCCUCGGGGAUACCUCUGCCCAGAAGCCAGGUAACUUACCACGCGUCAUUUAUGUUACUCACACGUGCUGCUACGAGGCGGGGACGGGCCCCAGGAGGAGGGGCUCUCUGGGGGUGGAGGGGCGCGGUGGCCUCUGUCCAUGGUCCUCAGGCUGCUCACGCGUUUCGUGAACUCUUCUCAUCUCACUGGUCGCCUCCUCCAGGCCUGUUUGCAUCAUGCGGACCUGCCCUUCCCGCCGGGGCCCCAACCUCUUGCCUUUUCUCUCACCCCCAGAAGCUGCUCCCCCCUGGGUCCGAGGGCCAGUCUGGGCCAUCCGUCACCACGCAGCCCCUGGGCUGGCCUCAUCUGACCGUGAGGGGCCCACCCGGAGUCACCGCCGCCCUUCAGCAUGCUGUGUUUGACACACACCACGAGCGUCUGCUCUGAAUGUAAACAGAAAGCGGGCCCGUUGGCUGAGUGUGUUUGGGGAAAGUAGUUUUGCUCUUCUGCUGAGGACGGUCACUUGCCGCCCCCCAGCACCGCCAGGCUGUCGGGGCGACCCUGUGGAAAGCCUGUACGCUGGGCUCAGGCUGAGGCUCCGCUCUGCCCCCACACACGGGGUCAUCCCCUUCUGCCCUCAUCCCCGGGGACAUAGGAGACUCAGCAGAGGGGAGAGGUUGGAAGGAUUCGUGUCUCUGGGUUUGACAAGACCGCCGCUCUGUCCCCAUCGUGUCCGAGUGAAUGUCCCAGCAGCCGCAGUGAGGUCUGAUUGUCUGCAGAACUUGCCCUGCCCCUGCCCCCAGCUGCAGGCCUGGCCCCGCCCCCAGCUGCAGGCCUGGCCCCGCCCCCCAGCUGCAGGCCUGGCCCCGCCCACCACCGGGAGACAGGAGGCCUCCUGCAGGCUCAGCGCUGACCAGGAGGGACGUCUGUGCUCUUGUCUUCACGCGGCCCUGAGCUGGAGACCUCAAGUAGGCGAGCCUUAGGGUGCUCAGCGUCUUUUCCUCUCCCUCUCAGUAUUCUAGGGAAGACUGAGGGCUGCAGGCACUUUGAUUUUAGGCAUCUUUCUUUUUCUCCAGGGAGGAACCUCGCUCAGAGGAUUUCAUUCAUUCCUUGGACCUGCUUGUCAUGCGGGAAGCAACUGGGAAUAGGUCCUGAGAAGACAAAUUCCGGAGGGGGAGGCGGGGAGCGGCAGCAGACAGGCUUCUCUACUUUGGUUAAUGGGCUGAACACUGGCUGCAUGGGACCCCUCACCCCCACCCCCGCCCCCAACCAGCCGGUUACACCCUUCUUCUUCUUCUUCAGGUUACACCCUCCAUCACCCUUUUGCUCCCAAGGGAGACAAGAGGUCUUGAAGCUAUUAUCACUCUCUUGCCCCAGAUGCGUUAUCUUAAGAGUCAAAAUAGAAUUGGAAGAAUUCUAGGUCAUUAUUCUUUGUUUGAGAUGCUUUUUCUGCAAUCGGUGGCUCAUUGGACUCAUCCAAAUAUUUAUUGGUGGUUCACUCUGCAUGAGAAACAGUAAAAAGUGCAGGGGAGUCCAGACCCAAGAGAGAUGUGGUUGUUUAGCACUGUGACCCCCCUGGGCUAACAUCUUGGUGGUCCCACUCGCUAAAGAUUCCAUGCUGCUUAUGUGAAGGUUUUUCUUAGUUGCUGGUGGCUCAGCUGGUAAAGAAUCUGCCUGCAAUGCGGGAGACCUGGGUUCGAUCCCUGGGUUGGGAAGGUCCCCUGGAGAAGGGAAAGGCUACCCACUCCAGUAUUCUGGCCUAAGAAGUCCAUGGACUGUAUAGUCCAUGGGGUAACAAAGUUGGACACAACUGAGCAACUUUCACUCACUUACUUACUUUCUUAGCUGCAGUGAUAAGACUGGCCCCUCUCAAGCUGUUGCCGUGACCCCCAAGGAAUGCUAUGAGCUGUCCCCAAAUUCUGAGCAUAUUGGCUGAGCUGGAAUGAGGCCUGUGAACCUGAAAUGGAUUUCUUGUGCAUGAAGUUAACUGGCCAAAAGGCUAUGGAACUACGCCUGUGGCUUCUUAAGAUCUUAGCCUCUAAAUUUCUGAUUUAAGUUGGCCAACAAAAGUUUUAGUAAGUAAAAAUAGGAUUUAAAAAUCAAACAUUCUUAAGUCUGGCCUCUCCCAGCUUCCUUCCAGGAUGGGCUUUCUGGGUACCUGGUCAAGGGGGACCGACCCUGCUUCGUUUCUGCUUUAGGACAGGGACAGGGAGGAGAGACGAAAGUGUGUCCUUGAUUCUUGCUUAUAUUCAGACCCAGAUCCCGAGCAGCUUGACGCAGGUGGGCAAGGGAUAAACCCAGCACUGAUUGUGUUUUCUUAUCUGACAAUUAGCCUGUAAAGAUCCUUUAGCGGGGGCGGGUGUUGUUAGGGGUCGUGUCUGUGUGCAUUUUUGGUUUGUUUUUUUUUUUUUCAUGGUGGCCGUCUCAAGUUUUUUCCACAAUAUGUUUAAUCAUCAGUGCUUUAAAAAAGUGGCAGUAUCCUGUAGAGUGGGACUUAGGCUCCGUGGUGUGUUGGGUGGGAGGCUGAAGUCACGUCACGUGGCCGUGUUUCACCGUCUGCAUGUGGGUUCUGGCCUCUGGGGCACCCAGCAGGGACACACACCCCAACACCUGGGCAGGGCGGGGGGGGGGGUGGGUGCAGGUAGGGGGGGACUCACCUCAGCUAGGCCGGCCUGCAUUUUCAUUUCAAAUGGGAUACAGUAUUUUUUUUUUUAAUAAGGAGCCAUACUUUUUUAAAAAAAUGUUUGAGAUCUGAAUGUGAUUUCUAAUUGUACCAGACGUUAAUGUUUUAAAACUAUAACAAAGUUUUAAAAUUUCUACUUUUUUUUUUUUUCAUUUAACUGUUCUUUUAUCUAUUAAAUUGUUGUAUGUGGACGGGGAAGUUUUGUCUCUCCUCUUAGCAUUUGUUUCUAUAACCAGAAAUAAAAUUAUAUAUUAAAGAAACGA